CCGAAAAUGGCGAAUGUCAUCUCGUAUGCCGCUGGAGCUUUCAUCACCACAAUUUCGCACCCCUUGGGCUACGCCAAAGUGCUAAUUCAGCUCGGCCAUGAACCUUUGAUUCCAUCUUUAUCCAAAGAACUACUAACACGCAAGGAGAGAUGGUACUAUCCAAACAUUUUCAAAUACAUUGGCCACAUCAAGAAGAGGGAUGGUUUCCUUGGUUUGUGGAGAGGAUUAGUGCCACAGUUAACAGAGAGUCUGGUCCGGACAUAUGUCACACACACCCUGACUGAGGAACUUAAGAAACAGUUUCCAAUAGAGGAAGAGGAAAAAAGCUCGGAACUUGUCGUAUUUCUAAGACAUUUUGGAAUUAAGACAUCAAGAGAAGUGACAGCUAAAUGUGUUGCCAUUUUCUGUAGUCAUCCAUUUCAAGUUAUUGCAAUAAGAACCAUGGCUCAGUUUAUUGGAGAAGAAACCAUGCACAAUAACAUAUUUUCAUCGAUAUCAGAAAUCUACAGAAUAGAAGGCUUUUCCGGGUUCUAUGCUGGCCUUGUACCAAGGUUAAUAGGAGAAGCCAUUACAAUAUGUCUUAUAAACUUCAUCUCGGAUCUCAUCAAUGAAUAUCUGAUAGAUGACAAGGAAUAUAAAUCCUAUACAACAGUGGCCUGUAAUUUUGCUGUAUCUCAGAUCACCUACCCCUUUGUUUUGGUCUCCAGAAUCAUGUGUGUCAACAACUCAGGGUAA